AUAGUAAAUCUGAACAGUUAAUUGACAAUUACGAUAUUAAACAAAUGAUUUCAAGCCAAGACGAGAGUAUUUACGAUAUGUUUAUAAAUCUAAUACCGGAUAACAUAAUAGCGGCCACAUUUACAACUCACUACACAGCACUGGUAGCCCUCGACCCUCACAACCUGACCCUGGGUUACAAGAAAGUGUCCGAACGGGCCUUUAAGCCAAAUAUGUUGGGUUUGUGUGUAUUCUCACUAAUACUGGGUUUCGCUGUCAAGCAAUUGGACUCAAAGGCAAACACUGUUUGCCAGAUAUUACACGAAACUAAAGAUAUUGUUAUGCAUGUAAUGAUGGGUUUACUCAAAGUAAUGCCAAUCGGUAUGUUUUUUUGGCUGUGCGAAGAGGCGAUCAAAAUGAAAUCACCCGAGACAAAUAACCAUGCUGACAGUGCGAUGACGCUCCCAGUUACAAUACAGUGCAUGGAGGGGACAAACAAAUUGUCUAAGCUUGUAUCGCAAUUUGUAUUGCCAUUGGCAAUGAUUCUCAAUAUGAAUGGCAGCGCAAUCAUAUUCUCGCUUAUUAUGACCAUGUCAUUACCGGGAGCACCAGGAGGUGGGUCAUCACUGAUCACAUUUAUAGCCUAUUGCGCUAUCAUUGGCAUAAAUAAUCCGAUGGAUGCAUAUCAAGCCAUCGUUAAUCAUAUGCUGUCUUUAUAUUAUACAAACAAGAUAAAGAAGGAUGUGGAAGACUCUAUGUUAAUUUGGCUAAAAAAAUAA